UCCGGUGCUGGAUCUGUUCGCGACGCUUCGACCGGGCCACGCCAUCCGUUCCCAUUUCCAUCAAUUCCGCACACCGAGGAUUGCAGCCACGAGGGAGAAGGAAGCAGCGAGGAGUGCCAAAGUGGAAGAUUCAGGAGGGAGGAAGAGGAGAAGCACGCACGCUCCUCACCCCGAUCAUCAUCAGAGCAAGAGGAGAAGGCAGGGAGGCGACGGGGAGGAGAUGGGGGUGGACUACUACAGGGUCCUGGGCGUGGACAAGAGCGCCAAGGACGACGACCUCAAGAAGGCCUACCGCAAGCUCGCCAUGAAAUGGCACCCCGACAAGAACCCCAACAACAAGAAGGAAGCGGAGGCCAAGUUCAAGCAGAUCUCCGAGGCCUAUGAGGUCCUGAGCGAUUCCCAGAAGCGCGUCAUCUAUGACCAGUACGGCGAGGAGGGGCUUAAGGGGCAGGUCCCGCCGCCGGGCGCCGGUGGAUUUGGCAGCGGCGGCGACGGGCCAACGUCGUUCAGGUUCAACCCCAGGAGCGCCGAUGACAUAUUCGCGGAGUUCUUCGGGUUCUCCAGCCCGUUCGGUGGCAUGGGCGGCAUGAGCGGCAUGAGCGGCAUGAGCGGCAUGAGCGGCAUGGGCGGCAUGGGCACGAGGGGCGGAUCGAGGUUCCCUGGCGGGAUGGGCGGGAUGUUCGGGGAUGACAUCUUCGGGUCGGCCUUUGGCGCCGGGGAGGGCGCGUCGAUGAAUUAUCAGCAGCCUCGGAAGGCAGCACCAAUUGAGAACCGGUUGCCGUGCAGCCUCGAAGACUUGUAUAAAGGGACAACCAAAAAGAUGAAGAUUUCGAGAGAGAUUGUUGAUGCCAGUGGGAAAAUAAUGACAGUGGAAGAAAUUCUGACAAUCGAUAUAAAGCCAGGUUGGAAGAAGGGAACCAAAAUCACUUUCCCAGAAAAAGGAAAUGAAUCUCCCAAUGUUAUUCCUGCAGACAUUGUCUUCAUUAUUGAUGAGAAGCCGCAUGAUGUUUUCACAAGGGAAGGAAAUGAUCUGAUCGUGACACAGAAGAUCUCUUUGGUUGAGGCCCUGACUGGUUAUACUGUUCACUUGACUACGCUCGACGGUCGCAGCCUCACUAUACCCAUAAACUCCGUUAUUCAUCCUGGCUACGAGGAGGUGGUCUCUCGAGAGGGAAUGCCGAUACCAAAAGAUCCCUCUAGGAAGGGAAAUCUUCGUAUCAAGUUUGACAUUAGGUUUCCGUCGAGGUUGACAUCCGAGCAGAAGGUUGGGAUCAAACGACUCUUGGCUCCAUGACACACGAGAUGCAGGGUUGUUGCUUGAAGGCUAGUGCUGUGUCCGUCUUUCUAGGGUGAGCUUAAAUGCAUGAUAUGCUUUGGCACGAUCUGUUUGUAACUUUAGUCAAAAGUUUUCAAUAAGCUUCUUUUCAAUAUGUUUCGAGAAUUUAGCUGCUAUAUCUUCUCUCAAUUACUGUUUAAGAGUGAACUUCACCAUAAUUUGUGCUUCUUUGUCA